AGAUGAAAAAUCUCUAAAUUAUUCUUUUAUUUAAAUUUAUUGUAGAAAGAUUAUUAUUUAAUUUUAAUAUUUAUUUUCAGUGCCCCUACAAAUAAAAGGGUGCGUUUUUUUCUUCGUCGUGCCAUCUCUUUCAGAGCACAACUCUUUAGAGAGAGAAACAAGUGCUAUCGAUGAACUUAAUGUCUUCUUUUUAGAGAGAGAAAUAGAGGGAUUCGAGCAUCUAGUUUUGAGAGAGAGGAGUGGGUCUGUGAGCUUAUUGAGAUAAAGAAACAGAGGGGGCGUUCUCUCUCUCUCUGCAAGAAAAUGGAGGGUUUUCUCUUUGUUCUAUUGGUUUUAUUCCUUUAUUCGUCGAUGGUUUAUUCACGAGAGAUAUUAUUUGAUGAGGGUUACAGUCGUCUCUUUGGAGGAGACAAUCUAAUCGUCUCAAAAGAUGGAAAAACUGCUCAGAUUUUACUCGACAAGUCAACAGGGGCUGGAUUUUUAUCUCAAGAUCUUUUUCUCCAUGGAUUUUUUAGCGCUUCGAUCAAAUUACCAGCUGAUUACACAGCAGGAGUUGUGGUUGCAUUCUAUAUGUCUAAUGGUGAUAUAUUUGAGAAGAAUCAUGAUGAACUGGAUUUUGAGUUUUUGGGCAAUAUAAGAGGAAAAGAGUGGAGAGUUCAGACCAACGUGUACGGGAAUGGGAGCACAAAUGUAGGGAGAGAAGAGAGAUUUGAUUUAUGGUUUGAUCCUUCUGAAGAUUUCCAUGCUUACAGCAUUCUCUGGACUGAAGAUCAGAUUGUAUUCUAUAUAGAUAAUGUACCCAUUAGAGAGAUGAAGAGAGAGGGCAUGGGCACACACUACCCCUCAAAGCCCAUGUCUCUGUAUGCCACAAUUUGGGAUGGUUCAGAUUGGGCAACCUCAGGUGGAAGGUUCAAAGUUAAUUACAAAUAUGCCCCUUUCGUCGCCCAGUUUUCCGACCUAGUCCUCGACGGGUGCACUGUCGACCCGAUCCAGCAGCUCUCUAGCUGCGAAGAUCACAGCCGUCCGUUCCAUUUACCGAUGCCCGAGAUCUCACCGGAGCUACGGUCGGCAAUGAGAAAGAUCAGGACUAAGCACAUGGCGUAUUCUUAUUGUUAUGAUCGCGAGCGAUAUUCGAAGCCAUUGCCGGAAUGUGUGAUCGACCCUCGCAAUUCGAAGCGGUUGGCCGGUUCCAAGGCUGUGAAAUCCAGUGCCCACCGGCGUCAUGCCAAGAGACGCAGUCAGAUUCCGACCGGUCACCCAGCUGAUAGUCUUGCCCUAUGAUCCUAUCAUUUCUUUCACUAUGGUAUGUGCAUUUCUGUCCACAUUGUUUCUCUCUCUCUCUCUCUCUCUCUCUAUAUAUAUAUAUAUUGUUUUUGUUUUGGGGUUUUCUUGUAGUUGUACAGGGAGCAAAUUUAUUUGUGGGUGGUAGGUAGGUGUGAAGGCUUCCAUUGUUUUUUUUUUGCAGACCUUGCUCCAGUUUAUUGCAUUGCAGUGCAGUGAAGGGGCUCUCUAUUUCUAUACUUGAUGUAGUGUCCACCCUAUUAUUGUCAUUAAUAAUAUCUCAAGGUUAAUAAAUGGAAACAACUUUUUUUUUUCA